AUGAAGCAGGUUGAUCGUGAAAUUGGGGAUAUGAUAUCAGCACUCACUCGUCGUCUUGCUCAUCUCCAAAAGAAGCCAAUGGACGGAGCCAACCAUAACCUACACCACCAAGAGGAGAUGGAGGAGGAGGAUGACCAUAGAGCCGGUGUUGGCAUCAUAACUAUGGCUGGAACCAACGAAGGAGCCACCAUGAGAGGUGAGAUGAUGAGCAUGGAUCAGGAUGAUAACUAUAAAUCUGCAGGUGUAAAACAAGACCAAUCAUCGCCAUUUACGACCUACCUCAACAACAACGUUCAGAGUGUCAACAACUCUAUCAUGGUGGGUGGUAGUUACUCCGCCAAUGAUCCAGGCAUCCAUUUGGAUGUUGACGACAAUUACCAAGGAGAGCCUACUAGGUAUGGGAACAAAAACAAGAAAAAAAACAAAAACAAUAAGGAGACUACUUCUGGAUCCUCUACAAGCGACCAUUCUAGCUAG